AUGGAGACAAAUGUGGGGUUGACUUUACCAGAUUUGAGCAAUAAGACAUGGGCUGCUCGGGAUGAUUGUCAAAAUUUGAGUGUUGAAUCCAAAGCAAUUAAAAUGGUCAAAUGUCGUAGUAAUGCUGAUGUGCGAGUAGGAGACACAACCAAAAACGGAGAAAAGAAAGCUCCACUAGACAGCAUACAAAACGCACACGACGACUCCAUUUGGACGGCGACAUGGAUUCCGUCUACGGAGGAAUCGUUGGCGCUACUUCUCACCGGAGGUCUUGACGAAACCGUGAGGCUAUGCGACCCGAAAAACUUCACUUGUAUUCAAACUUUCACCGGUCAUUGCCUCGGCAUCGUAUCAGUUGCAGCUCAUCCUACUCGGAGAAUUGCGGCAUCGACUUCUAUAGAUAGCUUUAUUAGAGUGUUUGAGGUUGAUACUAAUAACACCAUUGCUACUCUCGAAGCUCCUCCUUCUGAAGUUUGGCAAUUGCAAUUUAGUCCCAAUAUGAGGACCAUACGUUGGCAAAUGUUGUCCGAUUUACUCUAA